AUGGGAGCCGCAAAAGGUUUACAGUAUCUCCAUGAGAAGAACAUUGUCCACAGAGAUAUGAGACCUAACAACAUCCUAGUAACACAUGAUUUUGAAUCACUGCUAGGAGAUUUCGGUCUUGCAAAAACUCGACAUGAAGACUCGGAUUACAGCUCUGAGACAAGACUUGUUGGAACUCUAGGAUAUUUGGCCCCCGAAUAUGCAGAAUAUGGGAAAGUUUCUACCAAGACGGACGUGUACUCCUUUGGGGUCGUUCUGUUGCAGCUAAUAACAGGACUGAAGACCACAGAUAAAUCUCUUGGAGGAAAAAGUCUUGUAGGAUGGGCACGACCACUAUUAAAAGAACGAAACUAUCCAGAUCUGAUUGAUCGCAGGAUUGGAGAGUCCCAUGACGUCUACCAACUGUUUUGGAUGGUUCGAGUAGCAGAAAAAUGUCUCAGCAAGGAUCCUCAAAAGAGGAUGACUAUGGAGGCGGUAGUUGAUGCAUUCACUUACAUAAUGGAAGGCAAGGCAGUUUGCUACAUAAGAGACUUCUCCCCAGCAAAAUCAGAUUCAGUCGGCAGCAUGCCAGACUCCACUGAAUCACAAUUCGAUGAUAGAAGCUUCAGUGUGGACACAGCACCAAUGUAUGGCAUGGGUUAUGCGAGUGGAAGGCUUCCGCCAUCACCUUCGAUGAAACCCACUUCUUCUGGAACUUCCUUAAGUGAUGCACAGAGCAAAGCCAGCGGCAAAGCGACCAGUACAAAGAGCGGAGAAACAUCGGGGGACACCAAUGCAGAAUCUUCUAAUGAUUACUCAUCACUACAAGAUACAAGAUACCUUCAUCUGGCUUGA